AUGGAACUCACGUCCUACCAACUGCCCACAGAUCUUUCGGUAUGUGCCGUAAAGAAUGUCUCGGCAGCAGCUGCUGCAGCUGCAGCGGCAGCCGCGGCGGCCGUGAACGACGCACAGAAAUUCGGCGGCCGUGGAAGCUCCUGGUCUCGGGAGGAGACGUCUUUGUUGCUCGAUGUGUACGAAAUCGAGAUGGCGAAAGAGGACGCCAACUUCGAUAAGAACUCCGCAUCGAUGAUGGUUCCGAAAUUCCAGUCGAUCUAUCGGACCAUUUCCGAUCUUCUACGCGGACAGGGCUUCGACCGGAGUCCGAUGCAGGUUAGGGAGCGGCUAAAACGAUUGAAACGCGACGUUCGAGAGCACAAGCAGGGCGAGUUCACCGCGAGAGUCAGUGCUAUCGUCGGACGAUCCCCGUACACUCGGCCCAGUCUCAUCCAGCAAGCCGCCAUCCAGAACACGGAGAAACUCAAGGCGAUAUGCAACAACAAUAACAACAACAACAACAGCAACAACAAUCACAAUUCGCUGUCGGAAAGAAGUCUCAGCGAGCCUUAUUACCCAGCCGAUGUUCUUUCCACCGAGAUGUCGUAUCCAGACGACGAUGAACCAACUUCCGAAAGCCCGAUGUCCUGUAAUGCCGAAGUCCCGGAUGGUCACUCGGAGAACGAGCAUGAGCACCAUGACGGAAAUUCGGAGAACGGCGAAGAAGUAAAAUCGAACAAUACAGAAUCUGAGAAACACACCGUGCCUAGUGGUCCGCUCUCAUUGACAAUCAAGAAGGAAAAAACUCCGCCGCCUUCAUCCCGGUCCCCACCCGUGUCAAGGACGCCCCCCCGCUCGAGCCAAAACUGCACACCUGUUCAAACAAUCUCCCAGAGCCAGUCGACGGUGCUGCCCUCGAGUUUCCCCCAUGCUCUGCCAAGCCACCUGACACUGAAUCCCAGCAUGCUGUUCGGAAUGGCGAAUCCCCUCGUACAGCUCCCAACGAUGAAAUCUUCUUCGGCACCCAAAGCCAACUGCAACAGCUGCAGCCAGACGGCUUCGGAGCAGAAAAAGAUCCACAACAUUCUGCAACGGGUCAUUGCCGAUCAGAAAGCAGCUCAAGAAGGCCAGCUCUUAUUCCAGCGGGAAAUCCUCGCGCAUCUGAACAUGAUCACUUAUUCUAUACAGACACUGGCGGCUCAAUUCGCUUUUGGCCCGAAGAAAGACGCGCCCAACUCCCCACAUAGCCAGGACGAGGAGGUUUCGUCGAUGCACGAAGGCCACUAG